UCCUUGAACGCAAAGGAAGUUUCUUCGUUGGAAAACGCUGUCUCCAAUUCACAUCUCUCUCUCUCCCUCUUUCUCUGUACAUAACUUACGUAUAAGUGUAUAUAUAUUAACACUAUAUUUCCUCUGUACCCUUCGAUGGUCCUAUGAUCUUUAAUCUCCAUGGCCAAAAGUAAAGUCUCACGUGUCUUAGGGUUUCUUCUAUGGAUCUCUCUUCUUCUCUUCGUCUCUAAAGGGUUAUUUGUUAGUUUCAGCUCUAUUUCUCCUCCGGUUAUUACCUCGCCGCCUUUUUACUACCGGACGGGAAGAAGAGGUUUGGCGAUGAAAGAGUUUGACUUCACACCGUUCUUGAAAGAUCUUCACCGGAGUAAUCAGCAUCGGAAAUUAUCUCCGCCAGGAGGAUCAGAGAUCGACCCGAGAUAUGGAGUUGAGAAACGACUCGUCCCAUCUGGUCCAAACCCUUUGCACCACUAAUAUAUUUGUCUUCUUAUUAUUUUAUUUUUUCCAAAGAUAUAGUAAAAACACGUAUAUUAUUAAUUACUAGAAGAUUAAUUUAUAAGACGAAAGCUAAUAUUCUUUCUUGGUACGUAUAUGUCUUGAAUUAUUUGUUCUUUCUCUUGUGAAAUUGUUUCACUAUUGGUGAC